GACUCGACCUAUCUUGUUUACCUUCUUCACUUCCGCAAUGGACGACGCGCGACUAUCCAGAGUCGUCGGGCGGCUCCAGAAUCUUCCAUCCAUCGCGCUCCCGACCGACUACCCCCGCCCAUCCGGCUCGAACAAGGUCAUCGAGGCCACACACAUUGCCGAGUUUUCAGAUCAGACAUCUCUGUCCCUGCUCAAGCUCGCACUAUACGACGAAAACGAACAUGGGGAUGUAGACUCGGAGGGGGAGGGAGCGGGCUCCCAGGCGCCCUCUGCGUUCCACCUGCUGCUUGCGGCUUUUACGGUCCUGCUGCACAGAUACACAGGCGACACGGACAUCGUUAUUGGGUCGUCGUCCCCCACCGCGCGCGAUCCGCUAGUCCUGCGGCUGCCUAUCGAUCCCUCGGAUCCGUUCUGGUCUGUCGUUCGGCGGGUGCAGCUUGUGGAAAAAGAGGCUAUCGAGGAUGCGGUUCCGUUCGAGAGCAUCACGCGCGAGCUGUAUAGGGAUAAGGAGGAGACUGCGAUGGCGCCUAUAUUCCGUGUCCGCUUCUUUGAUGAGACGGACCAGCCCUCAGAAACUUUCAUUCGCUCGACGAGCGCGACUUCUGAUCUUACUGUCUUCGUCACUCGUCCCCUCGCAUCCACGCGCGCGUCGCUGGCACCGCAGAUCUCUCUGCGGAUACUGUACAACUCUCUCCUUUUCGCGCCGGCACGGAUCACCUCAAUCGUCGACCAACUGUCGGUCCUCCUGCGCAAAGUCUCAUCCGCACCACUUUCGCCAGUCGGACACGUGCCCCUGCUCACACCCGCUCAGAAGGCCAAACUGCCGGACCCGGUAGCGGAUCUGGACUGGUGCGGCUGGAAGGGCGCGAUCACGGAUGUGUUCUCGAGCAACGCGCGGCAAUGGCCGGACCGGCCCUGUGUGGUGCAAAGCAUCCCGGCGGCCUCGCUGGCCGAGGUGCAGGAGAAGGUGACUUUCUCGUACGGCGCGAUCCGCAACGCUGCAAAUGUGCUCGCGCAUCACCUGAUCAAGGGCGGCGUGCAGCGCGAGGAAGUGGUUAUGGUCUAUGCACAUCGGAGCGUAGAUCUUGUCGUUGCAGUGAUGGCGGUGCUGAAGGCGGGCGCGACGUUCUCUGUGAUUGAUCCGGCCUACCCACCGUCGAGACAGAUUCUCUACCUGCAAGUCGCUCAGCCCCGAGGCCUGGUUGUCUUGAAGGGCGCCGGAACUCUUAACCCCGCUGUGCGCGAGUACCUCGAAUCCGAUCUCAAGAUCCGUGUCGAGGUGCCCGCUGUCGAGGUCUUCCCGAGCGGUGAGAUCGCCGGAGGGAACCGCACUGGCGGCGAAGAUGUGCUCAAGUCUCACGCGCAUCUGGGCUCCACCGAUCCCAAUGUGUCGCUGGGACCGGACAGCGUCGGGACGUUGUCGUUUACCACGGGGAGCACGGGGAUCCCCAAGGGCGUGAAGGGCCGCCACUUCAGUUUGACGCACUUCUUCCCCUGGAUGGGCGAGCGAUUCGGGCUGGACGAGACGUCCAAGUUUACCAUGCUGAGUGGUAUCGCGCAUGACCCAAUCCAACGUGACAUGUUCACUCCGCUCUUUUUCGGUGCGCAGCUGCACGUUCCCACCGCCGACGACAUCGGUAUCCCGGGGCGGCUUGCGGAGUGGAUGGCCGACAGCCAAGUCACGAUCACCCAUCUCACGCCAGCCAUGGGCCAGCUGCUUUCGGCUCAAGCCACGCGGCAGAUUCCGACGCUCAAGAACGCGUUCUUCGUCGGCGAUGUGCUCACCAAGCGCGACUGCUCGCGCCUGCAGGCACUCGCUGCGAACGUGCGGAUCAUUAACAUGUACGGCACGACGGAGACACAACGGGCCGUGUCGUACUUUGCGCUGCCGCCCGUCUCGGAGGACCCGACGUUCCUGGCGACGCAGAAAGACAUCAUGCCGGCCGGCGCAGGCAUGAUCGACGUGCAGCUCCUCGUCGUCAACCGCAACGACCGCAGCGUGCCGUGUGCAGUGGGUGAGGUCGGCGAGAUCUACGUGCGCUCAGGCGGGCUGGCAGAGGGAUACCUCGACACCGCGGCCAGUGCGGAGAAGUUCGUCGAGAACUGGUUUGCAGUUGAUGCUCCUCCGCGCAAGGACACGAUCAGGCAUCCUAUUGCCGGGGCGCUUCCCGGUCCGGAAGCCCGUCACUGGAAAGGUGUGCGGGACCGUAUGUAUCGGUCUGGGGAUCUGGGACGGUACCUGCCUGAUGGGACGGUGGAAUGUACGGGACGGGCGGACGAUCAGGUCAAGAUUCGCGGGUUCCGCAUUGAACUGGGCGAGAUCGACACGCACUUGAGCCAGCACCCGCUGGUGCGUGAGAACGUCACGCUUGUGAGGAGAGACAAGGACGAGGAGAAGAUCCUCGUCAGCUACUUUGUGCCGCUCGAUGGCCCCGCUUUGGCAGGGUACGCUAGUGAGAUCACGGAUGGCGAAUCGGAGAAGAGUCUUGUUCACGGAAUCAAGAAGUACCGACGGCUCAUCAAGGAAAUCCGAGAGCAUCUCAAAAAGAAGUUGCCCAGUUAUAGCGUCCCUACCUUGUUUGUCCCUCUCGGCCGCAUGCCAUUGAACCCCAACGGCAAGAUUGACAAGCCAGCACUUCCCUUUCCCGAUACGGCGCAAGCAGUUACGACGUUCUCGUCUGCCUCCGCCAAAGUCAAUACCAGCGAGGAGAAACUGCGUCAAAUAUGGGCAUCAAUGCUUCCCAAUGCGCCGCAGCCUAUUCCGACGGACGAGAGCUUCUUCGAUCUCGGAGGUCAUUCCAUCCUGGCCACCCGUCUCAUCUUCGAGAUCCGCAAGGCCUUCGUUGUCGAUGCUCCGCUCGGGUUGGUCUUCGAUCGGCCGACGAUCGCCGGACUGGCUGAUGCAGUGCAGUCUCUGCGUAACGGGGAUCUCGGGCUGUCGUACAAGAACCCAGAUGUCGCAUCGUCCGACUCGCUUACCGUUCCCGGUGCGCAGGCCAGCCAUGCGGCAACACUUGAGUACGGCGAGGAUCUUGAUCGGCUCCUGCCGCAUCUGCAAGACGCGUACUCAGAGCUGCCGAGCGACUAUCACACCAAGCCGUUGACUGUGUUCUUGACGGGGGCGACUGGAUUCUUGGGGGCAUUCGUGCUCAAGGAUCUGCUGUCUAGAGGCUCGCGUGUGCAGAAGGUCAUCUGCUUGGUCCGGGCAAGCGAUGUGCAGCAGGGCUUGGAACGUCUGCGCACGGGCUCUACUGAUCGCGGGGUCUGGGAUGAGGACUGGGUGACCACUGGACGGCUCGAAGUGGUCAAGGGUGAUCUCGGCGUUGCGUACUUUGGGAUGGGCAAGGAUGUUUGGGCUCGGGUCUCGGAGGAGGCAGACUCGAUCAUCCACAAUGGUGCUUUGGUGCACUGGGUAUAUCCGUACGACAAGCUUCGAUCUGCAAAUGUCCUGGCGACACUCACUGCGAUCGAUCUAGCGUCCGAUGGCAAGCAGAAGCUGCUUGUUUUCGUGUCGUCCACCUCGGCUGUGGACAAUGACCAUUACGUGCGACUUUCGGAUUCACUCGUGAUCGGGCAUUCGCGCGGGAUCCCCGAGAGCGAUGAUCUCGAAGGUGCGCGUUCGACCCUGAAGACUGGCUACGGUCAGACCAAAUGGGUCUCGGAGAAGCUCCUGUUCGAGGCAGGGCGGAGAGGAUUGCAGGGCCACAUCGUCAGGCCUGGAUAUGUUGUUGGCGACUCACAAACAGCCGUCACUAACACAGAUGACUUCCUCUGGCGUCUAGUCAAGGGCUGCAUCCAGCUCGGGCUCGUUCCCGAGAUGAACAAUUCGGUGAACAUGGUCCCUGUCGACCGUGUCGCACGGACGACCACCCUCGCGGCGCUUGCACCCCUUUCCGAUGCUUCGCUCUCUGUUCUGCACGUGACAGCUACGCCCCUGCCGUCGUACAACGACUUGCUCACUCCCCUUGCGUCGUACGGCUACAAGAUCUCGCAAUGCGAGUACAUCCUCUGGCGACGGGGGCUUGAAAAACAUGUCAUGCAGACUCAGGACAACGCCCUGUUUCCGUUGCUGCACUUCGUCCUGGACGAUCUGCCAACGAGCACCAGGGCACCUGCAUUGGAUGAUACCAACACCCGUGCUCUGCUGCGGGCUGCAGGCGACGAAGAGGAGAGCACCGUGUCGGAGGACCUCAUUGGGAAGUACCUCGCUUGGCUGGUGCGCGCAGACUUUCUCCCGGCGCCGUCUGAAACUGCCGCGGAGAAAUCUCUGCCUGUCUUGAGUGGCGGUGUGGUGCGGGCUGCGGGCCGAAGUGGAAAUUAACUCAAUUCUUUGUGUAACAAAAUAAUGUACAUUGCGCAUAUAUCGUCCAGUUUUCAUGGCAAGAUCGUACAGCUACCGUACGCCGAUCCACGUACGAUUUUUUUUGCCCCAAUAUAUUUCCCAUCAUUUCGGCAAGGAGUGCACCACGAUCAAUUUCCUCGCCUCGACUCGCCACCCUUUCUCUCUCCUCUCCCUGCUUUCGUUCAUGUCCUCCAACACGGUUGAAAAGAUGGAGUCCCACGAGCAGGUCGACGUGGUUAUCCCAAACCUCUCGAUGAAGGACUUGCUAUCCUGCAUUCCGGCGCAUUGCUUCGAGCGCUCGACUCUGCGCUCGACAAUAUAUCCCGUAUGGGAUUUGAUCGUCAUAACGUCCUUAUGGAAGCUCGCCGGCAUCGCUGACACGUACACCGUCGCGUUGCCAGCAGCCUACCGCUCUCUGGCGAGUUUCUCUAUCUGGUCCUUGUAUGGGUUUUUCGCGGGCCUCUUCGCGAUGGGUCUGUGGAUCGUCGCGCACGAAGCUGGUGAGACAUGGGGUAUGUCGGCGUGUCAAGAACAGACCCGCUGUCCUCCUGACGCUGCUCUAGGCCUACAGUUCCAACAAAAGCAUCAACAACUUUGUCGGAUGGGUGCUUCAUUCUGGUGCGGCGUUAAACUCUAUUCUGACAUCUUUUGUGUGUCCACUUUCAGAUUGGGAGUUCCAUACCACUCGUGGCGCAUCAGCCACGCCCAGCACCAUGCUGCGACAGGCCACAUGACCAGAGACCAGGUCUUCGUUCCGUGGACGCGCUCGGAGAUGGGUCUGCCUCCUCUUGACCUUGCGAAAGAUGACCUGCGGGGUGGGAAUGUCUCGGCGGCCGUCCAGGAAGAGCUGUGGGAGGCGUUGGGAGAUACGCCGAUCGUGACGUUUGCGCGAUGUGCCUUCUAUUUGAUUGUUGGCCUCCCCGCGUACCUUGUGUGCAACCUCGGUGGCCAGCUUCGCUACCCGCAGGGCACCAGUCACUUCCUCCCCUCUUCCAUCAUAUUCGCCAAGCACCAAUACGACCAGAUCGUGCUCUCCGACCUCGGCAUCGUUAUCUGGCUCGGCCUCAUCGCACUGUCCUGCAACCACUACGGUUUCAGCACCGUUCUGCGCGUCUACCUCGUUCCAUACCUGUGGGUGAACCACUGGCUGGUGCUCAUCACCUUCCUGCAACACACCGACCCGUUGACUCCCCACUACCGCGCUGAGAUGUUCACGUUCCAGCGCGGCGCACUGUGCACUGUCGACCGCAGCCUGCUCGGCGAUCUGGGCUCUAUCAUGGGCUGGUUGGGUGCCCAUGCCACGCACGGCAUCUCGGAAACGCAUGUGCUGCAUCACGUCACGAGCAAGAUCCCUCACUACCAUGCAUGGGAGGCCACGUACGCUCUCAGGAAACGGUUGGCUGCUGCAGGCAUCCAUCUGGUUGGGCGGCCGGGUGGCUGGGCGGAGGUGUACCGAGUUAUGCGCGAAUGCAAGUUUGUGGAAGACGAGGGCGGUGUCGUCUUCUAUAAGAAUGCCCGUGGACUUGCUGCUGCACGACCUGUAAUGCCGUCCAGCAGUGAUGUCGAAGACUCUGGACGACGAUUGUUUAGCAUUGCGGUUUCAAUGCAGCCUUCGCCGUUCACCCCCAAACUUGGGACCAACUAUGCCCCCAGCGACAGCGAAGUUGAACAGCUCAAGCAGCUGAUGUCGGGUCCGCAGCAGCGCAUUUCGAACGUCGAUUCCGAGCUCGCAGCCCUACGUCAGUCCAUGGAGAAACUGGAAGGAGAGAAACGACAAUUGAGCGCCUACGUCGACGCACACUCCGCGCUCAUCUCACCCGUGCGCCGUCUCCCCGUGGAUGUCAUCCGGGAAAUAUUCCUUGCGUGCCUACCGACUGCGCGCAACUGCGUUAUGUCCACGACGGAGGCCCCGCUGCUCCUUGGACGCGUGUGCAGCUCGUGGCGCGACAUCUCUCUCUCUACCCCGCGCCUGUGGUCCAAACUGCACAUCGUGCACCCCACCAGCGUGUCGUAUCACAACUAUGGUGGCGCCCCCGACCUCUCGAAGGACCGCGCCCGGCUUGCUAAACGCAUUCAUGCUACGAAGAUAUGGCUUGGACGUGCCGGAGAGUGCCCGCUUUCUAUCUCGUACGACGUCGACCAUGCCUGCAUGUCCCCAGCCGCGAUCAUCGACCUGCUCGUCCUCUACGCCUACCGGUGGCACACGAUCGACAUGCUCAUCACGAGUGAAGGCGUUGCGCGGCUGAUGGAGCUCACUGAGCAGGAUGUGCCGAUGCUGACGAGUGUGACGCUGAAGCCAAUCAUGGCCACUGCUUCGCCCCCAAUGUUGCUAGGGCCUAACCAGUUCCUCAACUUCAAUGUUGGGCCCCCGGUUGCAGCCGGUCCCGGCCCCGGACCCAUAUUCAACCUUGUGCCUGCUCCUGGUCAAGGUCCUGUCCCCGCUCCACCCGCUCCACCUCCUCCGCCAGGACCGGCUGCCGGCGGUGUUAACGCAGCAGCUGUUCAGGCAGCAGCAGCUUUCAACGGGUUAAUCAAUUGGGGAGCCCCUGCUAAUCAACGUGCCUCGCCUCCUGAUUGGACACAACUGCGUUUACUUCACGGCGCGCGUGUCAGACGAUUCGGAAUCUCAAGCAGUAGUGUCGUUCCUUUCGGACUUCCGCUUCGGUGGGAACAACUGACGUCGCUAAGUGUGUUGUCUCCCGGACGUGUGUCGGCUGCCUUCAAUCUCAUGGCUAUCGGCUCGACGACCGAUCUUCCCGAACCGAAUGCCAACUUGAUUUUGCGGACGUUAGCAGAAUGCCCUCAGCUACGACACUGCAAGUUGACUGUACGGGAUGUGGAUGAAACACUGUUCGAUGGGGAGAUCUACAUGCCACACCUACAGACUCUUGAACUGCACUUUUAUCGCACGUCCAUUGUCACUGAUCCGUUCCGGCUCUUGCGGCAUCUUUCUGCCCCUAAUCUUCGCUCUUUUGCCAUCCGCAGUAGCUCUUCAAGCGCCUUUCAAGACCCUAGCGCUCCGGGGAAGACGAUUGCCAAAUCAGUGCUUCAGUUACUAGCAGGAACUCCUGUGCUCGAGCAAGCUCACUUCUUCGCUGAGAUUCCUGCGUCGGGGGUACAAUCUCUGCUCCAUGCGCUUCCCGCGACUGUCACCAAUUUGACUCUGCAUGACAUGUCACACACACUGGCUUUCCAGCAAGCCCAGCCGGCUACGACGGGUCCAGCUCUUCCCUCGAUGCCGGCCAUCGUCUUCCAGGAGCUGAUCUCUGACGGGGACCCCAGCCUCAACAUUCUCCCCUCCCUCUCGUUCUUGUCCGUGAGCACCUUUGACAUGGCUCCCGAUCUGCUCCUUCAGAAGUGCAUCCUCUCGCGCGCGGGACACGGCCUCCGGCAGGUCUUUGGCCGGUUCGGUCGGCCACUCGCGUACAACAUUGCUACGCUGCCAGAGAUGAAGCCGUUCGUCCAGUCGGGAUCGCUGAAGCUCAUGUUCGAAUACGUGCCGGACAACAUGGCUGCGAUGGAGGACUCGCCGUGGCGUGGAUUGCCCGAUGCACCGGCGCCCAAAGGCCAUCCGCACCAUCAUCACCAUCACCAUUCGCAGCCCCAUCUCCAUUCGUACGAUAUGGAAGAAGGCGAGGAGGACUGGAUCGAUCCGUCCGUUUGA